AUGAGGGCUAAUGAACCCCGAAAGUUUUAUCAAGAAAUAAGAACAGGUAAGGCGUACAAAUCCUUCCGUCAACUGCUGAAAGAUAAAAAUGGAAAUCUUGCCUUCGGCAAAACAAAAAGAGAUGUGGCACCAAACAACUUCUCACCAGUCAGCAACCAAUCAGAGAUAAACCUGGACACCAGUCAUGAUUAUGACCUGGAACCACUAAAGUUUGAAGAGGUGCCAAGGCAAAUGAAAUAUUACGAUUUUUUUAUUAAAUUACAACUCAUUUAA